CAAUGUAGAUUACACAAAAUUUUCCAAAAUCUUUUCUUAACAUCCAAACAACCAAAAUCAGAGAGAAUUUUUUUCAUUUGUAAACUGUUCUCACCAUCAACUGCUUAAAUCCUCAAUUCUGAGGAAAAUUUUUGUUUAUUUUCAUUGUUUUUAUAUUACAAGAAAAAAAAUGACUCAAAAAAAAUUUCUUUUCGAAUGAAUUAAUUUCCGAUAUGUCUAGGCGUCGAAAUCGGAAAGACAAAAAGCAACAACGAAAAACAACGAAAAAAAGUCGAUAUACAAAAAAACGCCAAUAUGACAGGAAAAAGGAUUAUGAUCAAUAUGAGUACGAUGAUACGGAUGGUGACUAUGAUACGGAUGAAACAAGCAAUUAUUAUUAUGAUUAUGAUUAUGAUGAAAAUUAUGAUGAUCUAUUAUUGCCUACAAUAAAAAUUGCACCCGAAGAUUAUGAACAUAUAUUUUCACGAAAAAGAAAUCAACCAUCAAUGCCACCAAUCGAUUCCUCAAUGCCGACAGUGUUGAUUGCACCGUCUGAUUAUGAUCAUAUUUAUAGUCGAGGUCAAAAAGUUAAGACCUAUUAUCAAUCCAAACAGGAUGAAGAUUUAGGUAUGGAUUUACCAUCGGAUGCACCGACUAUUUUAAUUGCACCGUCCGAUUAUGAGCAUAUAUUCAAUGCAGCCAAAGAUAACUCCGAUUCAUAUAAACAACUGUACAGACAAACGAAACUAAACGGCAAGGCGGCCAGAAUGUAUAAAUCCUCACCACCUUUUAAAAUUAAGUCGGUCAAAAAAUGGCCUAAAAAAAUUCCCAAGAAAAAACUUGCUAAACGUAGUAAAAAAAUCAUAAUGAAACGAAUGCCACAACGACGAAAACCACCACCACCAUUAGAAUCCGAAUCAUCGGACGAUGAUGACGACGAAGAUGAUGAUGACGAAGAAGAUGAUGACGACGAAGAAGAUGACAGAAACAAAAAAGGAUCAAACAAAAAUAAGUAUUCAAGAAGGUAUCGUAAAUCAUAA